AUGAAUGAUCAAACUGCGCUUCAUCUAGCUACCUUUAAUAACCAUCUUACGGUAGUACAAAUAUUGCUAGCGAACGGAGCAGAUUUGGAAGCAAAAGACACGUACGGUAGAACAGCAUUACAUAUAGCUUCACGAACGGGUUACCAAACAAUAGUACAACUGUUACUAGAGAACGGAGCAGAUUUGGAAGCAAAAAACACGUCCGCUGGAACAGUAUUACAUGAAGCUUCACGAGCCGGUCACCUAACAAUAGUACAGCUAUUGCUGGAGAAUGGGGCUGAUGUUCAUGCUACAUGUAAUCAGGGCAGAACAGCGUUGUUCUACGUCGAGGAUGAUGCUGUAACGGAGCUGCUACUCAAGCAUGGAGCACAUAUCAAUUAGAAGGAUGAGAUUGGCAGAACGCCUCUGCACUUAGCGGCAAGGAGAGGAGCGCUUGGUAAUGGGUUCAAGAUCAUAAGUCUUCUGCUCGACCAGGGGGCCGAUCUUCACGCCAUAGAUAGCAUCGGAAGGACAGCUGGAUAUUACACUGAUGAUGAGGCAUCUAUGAAGUUGAUGGUAAGCCGGGGGUUACGUAUUGAACACGUCGAUGAAUGUGGAAACACUGUCCUACACUGUCUUUCGAGUCGACUAGACACAGAAUCUAUUGGUGUGAUAAGAUUCUUACUCGAGGAGGGGACAGAUAUCCAUGCCAGAAAUACCGAGGGUAGAACAGCUCUAUACUACGCCGAUACUGGGGUUGCUUUACAGCUUUUGUUGAAGCGCGGAGCACAAGUCCAAGUUAGUGAUAACGCUGGAGAUACACCGCUUCAUGUUGCUGCCUCGAGGACUUGGUGGGGGUUCUCGGAGGAUAAAGAAAUUAUCGAGGUGACAAACCUUUUACUUGAGGCAGGAGCAAAUAUUUCCACCAGAAACGAUCUCAAACAGACAGCCUUGUAUAAUGUCAGAAAUAAGGCAAAAUUGCAGCUGUUGGUAAGACAUGGGGCCGAUGUCAAGGAUUGGAAACAUUACCGUGACGGACUUGUGAUUGAAGAGUUUCCUUUUGAUUUUUUGUGA